UAUUAAUUAAAAUUCCUCCAGGCCCAAAGCAAUUGCCUGCGCGCGCAUCUCUGCCGCGCGUGCAGCGACCGCAGCAAUACGCUGAAAACACGAUCGCUCGCGCUGUGAAACCGUCCUGAGGCCGCGAAACUCGCUCCCUUGCGCACGGCUUUAGAAGCACGCUCUCCCGGCAAAAGCGGCGCGACGCCGCCGAGCGCGUGCGCGCGCCAUAAAAAUGCAAAAACCGUCCGUCGUCAUUGACAAUGGCACGGGCUACACGAAGAUGGGUUAUGCGGGGAACUGUGAGCCCCAGUACAUCGUGCCGACCGUAGUAGCGUCCCGAGCCCUGAAAGGCGGCCAGGAGGCUACCGUGGAUGGUGUGGACGAUCUGGACUUUUAUAUUGGCAACGAAGCGUUAGCCCACGCGACGACGCACCAAGUGAACUACCCGAUAAGACAUGGGCUCAUCGAGAAUUGGGACAAUAUGGAGCGUUUGUGGCAAAGAUGCCUGUUCAAAUAUUUGCGGUGUGAGCCGGAAGAACACCAUGUCUUACUCACGGAACCGCCCUUAAACACGCCCGAAAAUAGGGAGCUCACCGCGGAGAUCAUGUUCGAGACGUUUAAUGUACCUGGCUUAUACAUCGCCGUGCAAGCGGUGUUGGCUUUAGCUGCUUCGUGGACGUCGAAGAACGUCAAGGAGCGAACAUUAACUGGUACGGUCAUUGACUCGGGUGAUGGUGUGACCCAUGUCAUCCCGGUCGCGGAGGGCUACGUGAUUGGGAGUUGCAUCAAGCACAUCCCGCUAGCUGGUCGAGAUAUUACGGCCUUUGUGCAUAGAUUAUUGAGGGAACGGGGAGAACCGGUGCCCGCGGAGGACGCCCUAGAAGUAGCGAAGCGCAUCAAAGAAAUGCACUCGUACGUGUGCCCCGACCUGGCCAAGGAGUUCGCGAAGUACGACAGCGACCCCGCCAAAUAUUUCAGGACCUACGAAGGGCAACAUAAGCGCACGAAGCAGCCGUGGGUCGCGGACGUCGGGUACGAACGGUUCUUAGGUCCGGAGAUCUUCUUCAACCCCGAGAUCUUUUCCUCCGAUUUCUUGACGCCUUUGCCUGAUGUGGUGGAUGAAUCGAUCGUCAAGUGCCCCAUCGACACGAGAAGAGGCUUGUACAAGAACAUCGUCCUCAGUGGCGGGUCGACGAUGUUCAAGGACUUCGGCCGUCGACUCCAAAGGGACGUCAAGAAGCGCGUCGACGCUAGAUUAGAUGCGAACGUGAAGAGAUUAGGCUCGCUGGGCAAGCAGGCCCAACCGCAAAAGAUCGACGUCUCGGUCAUCAGCCACCAGAUGCAGCGCUUCGCGGUCUGGUUUGGUGGAAGUAUGCUCUCGUCGACGGGCGAGUUCUUCCGCGUCUGCCACACGCGGGCGCAGUACGAGGAGGAGGGUCCAAGGGUGGCGCGGCACAACGCGGUCUUCUCGGCGCAGAUGUAG